AGAUCGAGCGGAGAGGAAAGAGAAAAAAUGCCGUGCUUGCUCGCGCUUCGCUGCGAGAUUGCCACUCACAGUCCGCAUGAAUCGGCUGUGGAUCCAAAGCGGUGGGCGAUUGGAGCGAAUCCGGCAGCAUUGCGGAGCCUCAAUCCAAUCCGGAGAGCGAUGGAAUCCAUGCCGACGGUCCAGGGGCGAGGAAAGAAGCCAAUUUCGCUCACUCUCGGCGACCCCUGCGCUUUCGGCGAGAUCAAAGCUCCCCAGGUAGCCGUCCAGGCGCUCACGGACGCCAUCUCCGGCUUCCACUACAAUGGCUACAGCCAAGCAGCUGGAAUCUACGACUGCCGCAGCGCCGUGGCCGAGUUCCUUUCCAAGGAUCUACCGUACUCGUUGUCAGCCGAUGACAUCUUCAUGACGGCCGGGUGCUCGCAGGCGAUCCAGUUUUGCAUCGGGGCGCUGGCCAACAGCGAAAAGCCGUCCAACAUGUUGCUCCCACGGCCUGGAUUCCCGCUGUAUCAGUCCUUUUGCAACUUCUUCGGCGUUGAAGUUCGCGAGUAUGAUCUGCUUCCAAACAGCGACUGGGAGGUUGAUCUUCGAGGCGUUGAGAGGCUGGUGGAUCCGGAUACUGCUGCGAUAGUCCUCUGCAAUCCCGGGAACCCCUGCGGAUCUGUCUACACCCCGCAUCAUCUGACGCAGGUUGCCAAGCUCGCGGGGAAGCUUCGAGUGCCGAUAAUCGCUGACGAGAUCUACGCUCAUAUGGCCUUCGAAGGAUCAAAGUUUGUUCCGAUGGGAGCCUUCGCGUCUCACGUUCCUGUGUUGACAGUCGGGGGGAUUUCCAAGCGUUGGUUCGUCCCUGGCUGGAGGCUCGGCUGGCUUUCGGUGUGUGAUCCCGACUGUGUCCUCAAGGAAGCAAAGGUGCUGGACGCCUUCACAAAUCUCGCACAGAUGCAUCUGUCAACGUGUACACCGAUUCAGGCCGCGCUGCCGAAGAUAUUGCAAAAUACUCCACAAGACUUUUUCAGUCAAACUUUGGAUACACUCAGCACAAGAGCCGAUCUUUGCUACGAGAGAGCUCAGAAGACCCCGGGACUGUCCUGUCCUUCAAAGCCUCGAGGCUCUAUGUAUAUCAUGAUUAGAAUCGAUUCAGACAAGUUCAAAGACCUCAGAGACGAUAAGGAGUUUGCGGUGGCUCUCGCGAAGGAGGAAGCACUCGGGGUAUUACCAGGUUCUGCUUUCGGUUUUCCUGGUUGGAUCCGCCUCUUGUUUGCUGCUCCUGAGACUAUUCUGGAUGAAAGUUGGGAUAGACUCGAGGCGUUCUGCACACGACAUACAAAAUAGUCAAGAGAAAAUGUCCACACAUUCUUUUCACACAAGAAAAAGCCGUGUGUCACCAGUAAUUCAGCGUCUACAGUUCUUCUGA